AUGUGGAAGGCGUCAGAUAAAUUGAUGGCCACCAUCAAGCACUAUGCAAGCUUCCCCGCAACUGGUGUUUCGCUCCGACAGAUGGUGCAAUUCGGCGAGACCCCGUCGCCUGGCACCCUGUUUAGAGCUUCGCAAUUCCUGUCCGAAGAGCUGCCCAUCCGUCUUGCACACCGCGUCGAGGAACUGAACCACCUUCCCGAUGGAUUGAACGAGAUGCCCUCAAUCAAGAAGGUGAAGGAUUGGUAUGCGCAAUCGUUUGAAGAAAUCAUCAACGUCCCCAAACCGUCUCUUAGCGACGAAAUCAAAGCCCACCUCAUCCGCCCAAUGCGAAACCACGGUAAAGACUCCAAACCGCUUAGCGAAACAACCUGGAAUCCGAGCAUACGAGAAGGACAAUAUCGAUCCUCUCCGGACUCCGCCAUAAUCUCCAAUGGCAAGGAGAAUCAUGAUACACACCACCACAAAGGGGUUAAUGGAAAUGGCAAAGCCAAGUUGACUCUGUCGCGGCGGUAUUUUGUCCCCGCCGAAGAUUACGCGGGUUGGCCGCCAGAGAUUGAUGCCUAUAACCAGAGAUUUGGAAAGACCCUACAACAAAUCAAGCGAAGGCACGAUGGAGUUGUCACGACUGUGGCGCAGGGCAUACUAGAAUAUAAACGGAAACGACAACGGUUACAGAUUGACUCGAGGAUACAAGCCUUUCUUGAUCGAUUUUAUAUGUCGCGUAUCGGCAUUCGAAUGCUGAUUGGACAACAUAUCGCAUUGACCGAGCAAACACACGCCCAUCACCCUAACUACGUCGGAAUUAUAUGCACAAAGACAAAUAUACACGAAGUCGCCAUGGAGGCGAUUGAGAACGCACGAUUCGUGUGCGAAGAUCAUUAUGGAUUAUUUGAAGCGCCCAAAGUGCAGUUGAUCUGCAAACCCGACCUCAAUUUCAUGUAUGUGCCAGGCCAUUUGUCGCACAUGCUAUUCGAGACCCUCAAAAACUCGCUGCGAGCCGUCGUUGAGACGCACGGCGCCGAAAGGGAAGAUUUCCCUGUUAUCAAAGUCAUUGUCGCAGAAGGUAAAGAGGAUAUCACCAUCAAGAUUUCAGAUGAAGGUGGCGGAAUCCCACGAUCAUCCAUCCCGUUGGUUUGGACAUAUAUGUAUACCACAGUUGAUCAAACCCCAAGCCUGGAUCCGGAUUUCGAUAAGAGCGAUUUCAAGGCUCCUAUGGCCGGGUUUGGUUAUGGAUUACCAAUCAGUCGACUAUAUGCGAGAUAUUUUGGAGGAGAUUUAAAGCUAAUCUCCAUGGAGGGAUAUGGAACCGACGUCUACCUUCACCUCAACCGCUUAUCAUCUAGCUCGGAACCACUCCAUUGA